UGCGCCCAGAGCUGAUCGUGGCGUAUAAGAGCUUUAGUCGGCCCAUAGAAACCUUGUUUCGUGCCACUCUCUUGUGCUUUCUUGACUUUUCUUGUCGCACGCGGUCACGGCUUGGUCAACAACAUGGCGGAGAAGACAUUCGCAGAAGCCGCACCCGGCGGGGAGCACAACGAGAAGAACCCGCCUAUCUACGAGGAGGCGACCAAAUACGAGACUGAUCAAGGCGGUCGCCGUGGGUCUGUUGCAGUCAAUGUCGUCGAGAAUCCACUCAAGCGCGAAUCUCCUCAGAAGGUCGUCGAGAACGCUCGAGUCUUCGCCGAGGGCCAUGGCAUGACAGAACAUGCCGACUUGUUUGGCCGAGCUGCUUUGGUGGCACGCGAUCCAACUCGAUACCGCCAGGUCGAUGGACUGUCGGCAGAGGAGCUGGCCGCUCUGGAGUAUGAGGAGGGGCACAAGUGGCAUGGGCCUACGAUGCUCUGGUAUUCGAUUGCACUGUGUGCCAUUGGAGCAGCAACACAAGGUUGGGAUCAGACAGGUAGCAACGGCGCGAACCUUUCGUUUCCCACAGAGUUUGGUAUCGACGGCUCAGGUCGAGACGAAUGGAUCGUUGGUGCGAUCAACUCUGUCAUUUUCCUAACUGCUGGUCUCAUUGGCGCUUUCAUCGUGGAUCCUCUCAACAAGUACUUCGGCCGUCGUGGUGAGAUCUUUAUCACUGCCUUGUGUUUGACCGCAACGCCGAUCGCCAGCGGCUUUACCCAGUCGUGGCAAGCGCUCUUCGCUGUACGCUUCGUCAUGGGCAUUGGUAUUGGUGCAAAGAACGCCACUGUACCCAUCUACUCCGCAGAGAUGGCUCCGGCGAGAAUUAGAGGAGCUCUAGUUAUGUUCUGGCAACUCUGGGUCGUGAUUGGUAUCUUUCUGGGUUUCUGCGCCAACGUCAUAGUCAAGGACACUGGCGAUAUUGCUUGGAGACUGCAACUCGGUUCUGCUUUCAUCCCAUCUUUCAUUCUCGGAGUUGGUAUCUACUUCUGCCCAGAGUCACCCAGAUGGCUUAUGAAGAACAACCGAAUGUCCGAGGCUUUCACUUCCAUGAGGAAAUUGCGGGCUCAUCCGAUCAUCGCUGCGAGAGAUUUCUACUACUCGUAUGUCAUCUACGAGGAGGAGCAAGCACUUGCUGCCGGAUCGAACUACUUCACUCGUCUUUGGGACUGCUUUACGAUCCCGCGGAUUAGGAGAGCGAACUAUGGUGCCUCAACUGUCAUGAUUGCUCAGCAGAUGUGCGGAAUCAACAUCAUCUCCUUCUACAGCUCCAGUAUCUUCGAGCAAGUGGGCUACACGGCUACUCAAGCGCUCUACGCGUCGCUCGGCUAUGGCGCUGUUCAAGUCGUCUUCACGAUUCCGACGCUCUUCCUCAUCGAUACCAAGGGUCGACGAACUCUGACAUUGGCGACAUUCCCCUUCAUGUGCAUUUUCCUCCUUGCUGGCGGUCUCUCACUGCUUGUACCGGAUGACGCACCUCGGGGUCAGCGAAUCGGCCCUGUCGUCCUCUUCAUCUACCUCUUUACUAUCGCAUACUCUCUCGGUGAAGGCCCAGUGGCCUUCCAGUACUCUGCUGAAGUCUUCCCGACCAUCCAGCGUGAGCAAGGUAUGGCCUGGGCUGUCUGCAUCAACAACACAUUCGCUGGUAUCCUCUCCCUCACCUUCCCUCGCAUGCAGACUGUCAUGACUCAGACUGGUGCUUUCGGCUUUUACGCCGGUCUGAAUCUGAUAGCCUGGUUCAUGAUCUUCGCAUUCCUCCGCGAAACGAAGCAACUCACCCUCGAGGAAAUCGACCAGGUCUUCUCCGUCCCCACCAAGGAGUUCCUGUCCUACGAACUCAAAGUCUGGCUUCCAUACUUCAUCAAGCGCCACAUUUUCCGCAAGGACAUUCCAAAGCCUCCACCGAUCAUCGAGAAGGGCGAGAGAGCUUCGAGCGAUGAGGAAGACCACGUGCCUGCUGCGCAGGACCCUCGCAACACUCUGGCUUAUGCCCCAGCGAAUGGAAUCUAGGCCGAGAGCACGUUCCGAAUGAGUAAUCACGAUGCAUGAAUGGGAGGCCUUCUAUGGGAUCGCGACAAGCUGUAAUCGAUAUUCUGUCUACUAUCAGGCAGAUGUGCUGAUCGUCGCGAGAGACGGUCAAUAGCUGCGCUUCCCCCUUUCGUAAUGAACAAAGAAUCACCAAUUCCACUGCGGAGUUGUGUUGGUUUUCUACACAUACCCAUAUUCUACAGACUUUCGCUUUACUUCUUCC